AAAGCAAAUAAGAAUAUCUAUGAGAUAUCAUAUCAUACACUUUAAUUAAUUAAUAAUAAGGCCAAUCACUUAUCCUAAUAACUCCAUCAUUGUAAGAGAUCACAGCGAGAACGAUCAGAUGGGCAAGGCGCAUACGAUUGGUAUUGGCAUGGACUACUCUCCAAACAGCAAAUCAGCCCUUCGAUGGGCUGCUGAUAAUCUGGUCGACGCUGGAGAUCGUCUCAUUUUAAUCCACGUUCAGCCACCAACGGCCGAUCAUACCAGGAAGCAGCUUUUCGAGGACACUGGAUCACCUCUUGUUCCUCUGGAGGAAUUCAGGGAGAUUAAUUUUUCAAGGCAAUACGGGCUUACUUCUGAUGCUGAAGUUCUGGAUAUUCUAGAUACGUUAUCGAGAACCAAAGGGGUAAAGGUGGUGGCAAAGGUUUAUUGGGGGGAUCCAAGGGAGAAAUUGUGCGAUGCUGUGGAAGAUCUGAAGCUUGACACACUUGUUGUUGGAAGCAGAGGUCUCGGUGCUCUCAAAAGGGUAUUGAUUGGUAGUGUGAGCAAUUAUGUGGUGACAAACGCUUCAUGUCCAGUUACAGUGGUGAAGGGAACGCCUGUUUCUAAACCCUAAUUGAAGCUAUUAUCUCUCUAUCUGCAAAGAUUUUGAAGGUUGCCAUAUUAUUUGUCCAUGUCUUAUGCAUUUGAAUGGAGUGAAAAUGUUUGGUUUCAUAAGCCUUUGUAAAUUUAUUUUUUUUGAGCUUUAUUGGAUGUAAUUGAUGAUUAUUGUGUUAUUAUUGUACAUAUGCCUUUCUUGUAUUAAUUAGUAGUCUUUAAUUACAUGGCUUCAUGCUCCUUUAUUUCCAAAUGGAAAUUAAAUACGCAUGGGAUGAUCAGAAAGGACCCGCAUGAUCUU